AUGGUCUUCUUCGAGGCCCUAGUCAUCGCAGGCGCGGUCGGCGCCAUCGUCCACCACCGGCACAGCGAGGAGGCGCGCCGCUUCGGCGUGCGCCCGCCACUCGACUACAUGUCCGCGACCGAGGCCGCGUCGGUGCCCCUCGUCCCGCGGCGGGCAGUCGACGUCGUGGCCUGCCUCGGCGCGUACCGCGGGCCACCGGUGGGCAACUACCCCCUGUGCGUGGUCGGCUCGUAUGUCGCGUACAAGCGGCACAAGGGCACGAGCGAGGACGACCUGCCCGCGAAGUUAGAGGUGCUUGAGGCCACACUGCCCCACUACGCCGCAGUGUUCUCGACAGUCCGCCAGUGGAACGGCCUGCCACCAUCACGCGUUCUCCAGCCCCCCAUGCCCGCGCCACCACGGCUCGCGCCAGAACUCCGCAACUCGGGCUCGCUGGCGAGCCUGAUGCCGACCAGCGCGCCAGACAGGGACCAGCUGCCGCCGUACACGCCGGCCGACGAGGCGCGCGCGCAAUAUCUUGGCAUACACCACGGGCGCGCCGUGCACCGCGCGCGCGCGGCGUCAUAUCACAAGCAGCUGUGCAUCCCCGCCCGCAACGACAUGGUCAUCAUCGAGUCGAUCCUCCUCAUCGGCGCGCUCACAGUCGUCGCGCACAACAUCCACGAAAGGCAGCAGAUCGCCAAGGCGCAGUUUGGCGUCGCGCCACCGCACCCAGACCACCAGAAGAAGUCGUGGCGCGGGAUACCCUGCAUACCCAAGUGCAGCUCGGACGUGGUGCGCUUGUUACGCGGGUAUACUGGCCCGCCGGACGGACCAUAUCCCCGCGCCGUGCUGGACAAGUACAUCGAGUACAAGCGCUCCCGGGGGACGGGGGACGACGAGCUGGGGCACAAGCUCGACGUGCUCGAGAAGCAGCUGGCGCAGUUCGCGCCCGCGUUCUACGCGGUGAGGGAGGACUACCGCCUGCGCGAGUCGACCGCGCUCCCGCCCUCGCCGGCCUCGAGGCGGCUGUCGCGCCUGUCCACCGUGUCCGACUCGCUGCGGCCCAGCGUGUCCCUCUCGCCCGGCAAGACGGGCGACUGGGGCACCAUGGUCGGCGGGACACGCCGCUCCGACUCCAACAAGGGCAAGCUCAGCCCCACGCCCACGAGCCCCGGCGCCAGCUCGAGCAGCACCGGAGGAGGCAAGGGAAAGAACGAGAUCCCGCCACCGUAUACCGCCGACGACGAGGUGCGCGCCCACCGCAUGGAGGUGUUCAAUGGCCAGGCGGUGACCCGCGUCGAGGGGACGUUGUAG